AUGGCACAUGCCACAGCUCUGAACUGGGAAGGGGUGGCCAAGUUCUGCGCCGCAGCUUUGGAGAGUGGUUACUCCAGCCACCUUCCAGAUGUGUACCUGCCCUGCCAGAAGGACAUGGCCCUGAAGCCACAUGAGCGGAAGGAGAAAUGGGAACGUCGCCUUGCCAAGAAGCCCCGCGAGUCAGAAAACUGCCCAUCCGCAGAACCAAGUGAGAAUGGGCGUCCCCUGGAGAUCGUCAGUCCCGAGCAGGACCUGGAGCCUGCCUGCGACCGGGGGAAGAAGAAGGUCCCACUGCAGCCCACCAAGCAGAUGAAGGUCACCGCGUCCAGAGGGGGCGACCGCCACAGUGGGGAUGACAGCCUCCACGAAGCCACCAGCUCCCGGACAAGCAGCUCUCGGGACCAGCUCAGUGACAGCUCUACGCAGGCCGUCUCGGGCAGAGGCUACUCGUGUGACAGCGAGAGCGAAGGGGACGACAAGGCAUCUGUGGGCUCCGAGAAGCUCUUUGCCCCAGCAGCCGAUAAAGGCCCCACGCUGGGCGAGGAGGCCGAGGCCAAGGCCGGGGCGCCGCCCAAAGUCUCGGGCCUGGAGCGCAGCCGCGAGUUGAGCGCCGAGCCGCCCUUCCUGCCCACGGUGCGCAGCCCCGCGCCCCCCGCCAGGAGCAGCGGCGCCGGGAGCAGCGCCAGCCUCGGGCUCGCGAAGCACGCGUCCCUGUCGCCUCUCGGGCCGGGCCCCCACCUGUCUACCUCACACUUGGCGCUCCGCUCGCAGGCCCAGCACCAGCACCACGCGGCGGCCAUGUUCGCCGCCCCCCCGACACUGCCCCCGCCCCCGGCGCUGCCGGCCAACAGCCUGGUCAUCCCAGGACACCCUGCCGAUCACGAGCUGCUCAGGCAAGAGCUGAACGCGCGUUUUCUGGUCCAGAGCGCUGAGCGGCCCGGCGCCCCCCUGGGCCCGGGGGCUCUGCUGCGGGCGGAGUUCCACCAGCACCAACACACACACCAGCACACACACCAGCACCAACACACAUUUGCCCCCUUCCCCGCGGGGCUGCCCCCGACGCCGCUCCUGCCGCCCGCCGCACCCCCGCCGUUUGAUAAGUACGCACCCAAGCUGGACAGCCCCUACUUCCGACAUUCCAACUUUUUCCCGUCCUUCUCUUCUGCCAUCCCCGGACUGCCCACCCUGCUCCCACACCCAGGCCCCUUUGGGUCCCUACAGGGUGCUUUUCAGCCCAAGACUUCAAACCCAAUCGAGGUAACAGGCCGGGCCAGUGCUGUUCACACUCUCCUCCAGAAAGGCCCCGGGGUGUCCGACCCAUACCGGACCACGGUCAGGAAACCUGGGAAGUGGUGUGCUGUGCACGUGCAGAUCGCCUGGCAGAUCUACCACCAUCAGCAGAAGAUAAAGCAGAUGCAGCUGGACCCCCACAAGCUGGAGGUGGGCGCCAAGCUGGACUUGUCCAGCAGACCCCCUGCCCCGGGCGUGUUUGCCGGAUUCCACUACCCGCAGGACCUGGCCCGGCCCCUCUUCUCUGGCUCGGGUGCUGCCCAUCCCACCACCAACCCAUUUGGACCCUCAGCCCAUCCCAGCAGCUUCCUGACCACCGGUCACCUGACAGACCCUUUCAGCAGGCCGGGCACCUUCGGGGGCCUGGGGAGCCUGGGCAGCAGCGCCUUCGGAGGCCUGGGGAGCCACGCACUGACUCAGGGCAGCGGCAUCUUUGCCCCCAAGGAGAGCUCUGUGCUGCAUGGCCUGCCCAGCCCCCACGAGGCCUGGAACCGACUGCACCGGGCACCACCCUCCUUUCCCACACCACCCCCAUGGCCUAAGCCCGUGGACCCCGAUCGGGUCUCAGCCCUGACCAACCACGACCGAGAGCCGGACAAGGGCAGGGAGGAGAGGGACCUCCUGGAGAAGACGCGCCUGCUGAGCCGGGCCUCGCCCGCAGCCCCCGUGGGCCACCCAGCCAGCAGCCUCCUCCUGCGCGGCCAGAGCGAACCGUGCGGGCCCGGGGUCCCUGCUGAGCGCGAGGCCGAGCCCCGCGUCAAGGAGAGCCGCUCUCCGGCCAAGGAGGACGGCGCCAAGCUGGCCGCGCGCCCGCCAUCUCCCUACAGCAAGGCGGUUCUGAGCGACAGCCUCCGCCUGGCGGGCCUCCUGGGCCGAGAGCCGGGGAAGCCGCCCGAGGCGCCGGCCGAGCGGCCCCAGGGCGACGUCAAGGUCAAGGAGGAGCGCAGGGAAGACAGCGACGCGCCCGAGCCCCCAGGGGCCGGCCUGCACCCAGCACCCGAGCGUCCAGAACAAUACGUGUGCAGCGUGCCCGCCGCCCGCCACCACCACAUUAUUAAAGCCAUAAAGCUCUUUCCGGGGUGCGGCUGCCCUGAGCUGACGGCACCCCCGGGAGGGGCCGCACGGAGGGACGGCUGCAUCUAA